AUGCCUGAUAUUCCGCAGAACGACGACGUGGUUGCACGCGAUGAACCCAUCAACAACCUUACGCGACUACCCGACGAGAAAGCGGUACUUGCGCAAUCUCAGCAAGAAGAUGGCGAUAGUGAUGAGCUUGUUUCCUGGACAAAUGUCGACAAGGAGGGUUACGACGGCUCUCAAGAAGACCAUCGCUUCCUUCAGAUUGGCGACCUUGUCGAGAUUGAGUUCACGAAGAGCGAGCGCGAAAGUGUUCUAGCUGUCUAUGUGCAGUCUGUGAGGGCUAGUGGCAUUGUAGGUCAAUUCUUCACAAUGCAGGGACGAUGGAUGCACCUGCCCGAGAAGACGGUACCAUACAGCAUCCCCAACUGGGUCAGUCCAGAACUUGUCAAGCCCUUGCUGGCGCACCUGCCAGAUCCCGAAUCAUUUCAGGAGCUCCAGGGCCUCAUGGAAAGGGCUUACAUGGAGGAUCUGUCGGUUCCACGGGAGGUGUCUGCACCGUUAGUCAAGCGAAUGGUGGACUUCUACAAUGAAAGCCAGGACAUCUAUCGUCGACAUGCCAGCGCAUUGGAUAAUGCGCAUGACAUUUUGUCUCACGACACCGACCUUCGAUACGGUAGUUUGACCUCUGCUGCCACCACUCUACUUCAGCUACCUGCCAACCAACUUCCCCUAACAGCUCUGUUCACGGUUCGCAAGGCUCUCAGCAACGGAGGGUUUGCGUUCAACAUCGAUCGGCGCUCGCAUCGCCUGACCGGAUACAUGCAAAUUCGGAGCAAGGAACAGGUGCGCAUGGUCGACAACGUGCGCAACUGGGUGCGUCAAUGGCAGGACGAUUUGGCGGCCACGUCUGUGAUGAAUGAAUGGCAACUGCAAAGACACAGACCUACGAAAGGGGUCACAGUCAUGUACGGAUUUUUGGACAAGGCCAAGGCCAUCGUGGAGAAGAAUCGACUGAACCGCCCAACUACUCGCCAUCAAAAUGUUGGGCCAAGCAAAGUCCGCCUGCCCAUUACACCCGAACAGGACAGCGUCAAGAUCCAACUGGAAGAAAGGUUCACUGAGGAUGAAACGGAGAUUGUUCGCUUCAUGGAAUGCUGGUCUUGCAGUCACAUGUUCGGCGACUUGCCACGCAUCGAAAGUCUGCCUCCACUCAUUCUUCACGCUCUAGGCCUAUACGACGACCUCAAGAUUUCUACUGGAUUCCUCUUUCUUCAGGAACUCGGCACGAUCUUGCCUUACGAGAACCGAAUCCGGUUCGAUCAACACUUGCUCCUUCCGUCUUCACAACACAGCAAGCCACUUCAGAACCUGAUGAGCAGUUUGAUUUCAAUGAGAAAUAGUCACAAUUUUGUUGAUUCCAUGGCCGGACUGCGGCAUGACUGGGGGAAUUUACCUGUCUUUUGUAUCGACAAGGAAGACGCACAUGAGAUUGAUGAUGGCGUGUCCAUCGAGCCUGCAGGUGUUGGGCCUGAUGGAAGACCCUCUCAUUGGGUUCACAUUCACGUCGCCAAUCCCACAGCUUUCUUUUCGAGGGACCAUCCAUUAGCAAAGAUGGCACGUCACAUGGGCGAGUCUAUCUACAUGCCUGAGCGCACAUACAUGAUGCUACCGCGUUGGGCAACGUCAAAGUAUUUUUCGCUCGAUUCCAACCGCCCAUGCAUGACAUUCAGCGCCAGACUUGAUGAAGACGGCAACAUGCUUGAUCACAAGAUUACACCCGGAAUCAUCCGCAAUGUGAUCAGUUUGACCCCUGAUUCCGUGGACCAGAUUCUCGGUGCGACAUCGAGCGAGCAAUGGCCUGAAUUGACCUUCACCGUUGGCGGAAGUCCACCGCUUGGCCCGAAUCGACAAUCCACGAAGUCCAAGAAAAAUCGAGGGUUCGAUGUUGGUGAUCUGAAGACUUUGAGGUCACUCGCGGAGAAGCGCGCUGCAAUUCGAAGGAAGGCGGGAGGUCUCUUCUUCGACUCCAAUAAGCCCGAGGUUUCGGUUUGGCAAUCCUUCAGCCGCUCUGGCUUGUCUUGGGAUCAUCCUUACCGUAAAGGGAUACGAACUGUGGAAGGUGAUCCUGUGAUCCAGUUCAAAACCCGUGGCCUGGUCAACUGGUUUGAGCCGUCCAACAGGCCAGGUCAAAGUCUUGUCCAGGAACUCAUGCUGCUUGCUGGUGAGCUCGCUGCAGCAUGGUGUGCUGCACGUCAAAUUCCUAUCAUCUAUAGAGGCACCAUCAAAGAUCACAGAAAGGCUGAUCCACAGCGCUUCUGGGAGGAGAACAUUGGACCGCACGUCAAAGAUGGCAAGACCAUGCCACUGCAUCUCGGCAUUCAGUACAUUCAACUACAAGGCUACACGACCCUUCGCACGACGCCUCUAGCACACAAGAUCCUUGGCCUGCCGUCGUAUGCAAAAGUUACUUCGCCUCUGCGACGUUACGGCGACAUGAUUCAUCACUGGCAGAUCGAAGCCGCUCUCCGGCACGAAGCCGAGACAGGUCGCUCACUCCUGGUGGAGAAAUGCUCCAAGCCUGACCGCUCCUUCCUACCUUUCAGCGGCCCUGUGCUCGACACAAUCAUCCUCGGCCUCCAGCCCCGCGAAAGCAUCAUCACCCGAUCCAAAGCGAUGGCCGAGCAGUUCUGGGUUAUCAUGCUCGUGUUCCGCAAAGCCGUCUUUGGCGAAGACGGCCAUCUGCCUUUCCUACCAGACACGCACUUCAACCCCAGCCUCCCUCAGCCGAUGAGCGUGCCGGCGAGGAGAGGCGAUGUGUGGGAGGUGCAUAUGCAUGAUGUCGAUGUGUAUCGCCGGGCGUUGUAUGUCAAGCCUGUGAGGCUUAUUGGUAGGGAGGGUGCUGGGUUGUUGUAA